AUGGGGUACAAUUGGUCUUCUAUAUAUUAUGCUAACUAUGAUCUCUCUGGGUACCAACUUGUGUCUCCAAUUGUGGAACUCCUAGCUUACAAUGCUGAUGAAGAUGCAAACUCAAGCAACCCUUUUCAGCUUGGGAUUGUGGCUGGAGAAAAGCCUAUGACAAUUGACUUCACCAAUGCCACAAAGAUGAACCAAGAAGAUGGGAUCAAGUCCUUGUGUGCUAGUUUCGAAGGUGACGGAAGAAUGAAACUAGCAAAAGCACCAAACCCUUCAACAGCACUUGUUUGUGUUGCUAAGAGGCAUGGCCAUUUUGGCAUGAUUGUGGAGUACUCACCGCCGGAUCAGUUCAGGAAUAAGCCCUUGAGCCGGUGGAAAGUGGCGGUGGGGAGCACCAUUGGCGCCGCUUUGGGUGCUUUUCUUUUAGGCCUUUUUCUUGUGGCAAUGCUUGUUAGGGUGAAGAAGAGAUCAAGAAUGGUGGAGAUGGAGAGGAGGGCCUAUGAAGAAGAAGCCCUUCAGGUUUCAAUGGUUGGACAUGUGAGGGCUCCUACUGCACUUGGCACCCGAACCACACCUAUAAUUGAGCAUGAGGCGACUGUAAAGGAAGCGAACACCCUUCAUAACGUAUUAGAAACAUUUGAGGCUUCAUCUGGUCUUGUAGUUAACUUCCAGAAAUUUGAAAUCUUCGGCAGGAACACCCAACAACCCAUCAAGGAGCAAUUUUCUCAACAACUUGGUGUCUCCAAAUGUCUUGGGAAAGGAAGGUAUCUUGGCAUGCCAUCAAUGAAGAAGGCAAAUUUUGGUUACUUGAGAGACAAAAUCUGGAAGAAAGAUUAG